AUGGCCACUCGCGGGCGAGGUCAAACACGUACAUGGGAAAGUAGGAAUGAGCAACCAGCUGAUAACCAUGCCGAGUUUAUGGCAGCCAUGGCUAACUUAGCGAACAUCAUGGAAGCGAAUGCUGCUGCGACUCUGCAAGCUGUGCAGAGGUUAGGCCAACCGGCGGGGAAUGGCAAUAGGAACGGAGAAGGAAAUGCCAAUGAUAAUGCUGAGGGAAAUGACGAUAACACGGGAGGAGUUCCGAUAACCUUGGCGACAUUUCUCAAGGUUCAUCCGCCCACUUUCCGAGGAUCCACUAAUCCUACUGAAGCGGAUCACUGGUUCCAGGCUAUGGAGCGUGCUUUACAGGCACAGCAUGUUCCCCUCAAUCAAUAUGUUGAGUUUGCCGCUUAUCAGCUAGCGGGAGAGGCCCAGCCCUGGUGGCAAGCAGAGUGUCGCUUGCUACAACUUCAAAACACCGACACUCCAUGGGAGGUAUUCCAAGCGGCCUUCUAUUACACCAACAAGUUUGAGGAACUCUGUAGGUUCUCUAGGGUAUGUCAAGGUGCCCCGGAGACAUAUGAGAGCUGGAAGUGCAUUAAGUACCAGAGGGGUUUAAAGGAUAGUAUUAUGACUUCUGUGGCGCCUAUGAAAAUCCGUGUCUUCUCUGACUUGGUGAACAAGGCGAGAGUGGUGGAAGAAUAUGUGAAGACUAUGGCGGCAUCCAAGGAAACUCAUAAAGGGAGCUCUAGUCGGGGGCGUGGCAAGUAUUUUCAUCCGAGAGGGAAGCUUCAAGAGAGGAGGAUAUGUGCCUCAAGGUGUUUUCAUCCUUAUGACUCAUGCAAAAUUGGUUUAGGUGGUUGCUUCAGUUGUGGGUUGCCUAGCCACAUUGCAAGGGAUUGCACUCGUGGGAGGAACCAAAAUGUGGGCCAGAGUCAGCAUCAAGGUCGAGUCUUUACUGUGAAUGCCAAGGAUGCUUCUAAGGCAGAUCCGUUGAUGAGAGGUAUAUGUCUAAUUGGUGAUAAGUCCUUAGUUGCAUUAUAUGAUACUGGAGCUUCACAUUCAUUUAUUUCAUUUGCUAAAGUUGAGGAAUUAAGUUUGAAAGUGUCAGAGUUACCUUUUGAUUUGCAUGUUCAUACUCCGCAUCAGACAGUUAUGACUAGUGGGAAGGAGUGUCAGGGCUAUAUUCUGUUGGAUGCUAAUGCAUUGGGUGAUGCCCAGAACUUAGAUCAGAUUCUGGUGGUUAGAGACUUUCCAGAGGUGUUCCCGGAGGAUAUUCCUGAAUUCUCACCUCAAAAGGAGAUUGAAUUUGUGAUUGAAUUGGUGCCGGGAGCCAGAUCAGUAAUGAUUGCGCCGUAUAGAAUGUUUUAA